AUAACAUAUAAAGCCAAGGUAUGUUUCCAUAUCAUGACCCUAAACUGCAUUAAUGCGAUUACAAUCAUAAGCCAGAUCCACAAUGCUCAUCUUUCUCCUACUGCUCGCCACCAUUUGCUCUGCCACAGCCAGCGGCAACCUAUUCAUCAGAACCAGCCUACCCACGAGUUUCGAAUGGGACUCGAGUGCCAUCCUCAUCGCUCCCAAGAACGACAGCCGAGACAUUGCAGGGAUCAAAGACCCCUCAAUCAUCCUCGUGGAUGGAACAUACCAUGUAUUCGCAAGCACCGCGAAAGAAUCCGGCUAUAGUCUGGUAUACUUGAACUUCACCAACUUCGAAGACGCCAAGUCGGCUCCCUUCUACUACCUGGACCAAACCGCGAUCGGAACCGGCUAUCGCGCUGCACCUCAGAUCUUCUACUUUGAACCCCACGAUCUGUGGUAUCUGGUCUACCAGAACGGUAAUGCAGCCUACUCGACCAAUCCCGACCUCAGUGAUCCAGCGGGGUGGAGCGCCCCGACGAACUUUUACGCCAGCCAGCCCGACAUCAUCGCGGACAACAUCGGAAACGGCUACUGGGUGGAUAUGUGGGUGAUCUGCGACGCAUCAAGCUGCUACCUCUUCUCCUCCGACGAUAAUGGCCAUCUCUACCGAUCGGAGACCGCCUUUGCCGAUUUCCCGUCGGGAAUGGGCAACACCGUGAUCGCAUUGUCCGACGAGGCCGACAUAUACGAUGUAUACGAAGCAUCCAACGUCUACCACAUCGGCGACAACCAAUACCUCCUCCUUGUGGAGGCGAUCGGCAGCGACGGCAACCGAUACUUUCGCUCUUGGACAUCGAAUAAUCUAACGGACACCUGGACUGGGCUGGCCGACACCGAAUCAAACCCCUUUGCCCGAUCGAAUAAUGUCCAAUUCAACGGCACAGCCUGGACCAAGAGUAUCAGUCACGGCGAGAUGAUUCGGACGCAGGUCGACCAGACCAUGACGAUUAGUACCGGUCAGUUCCGGUAUCUCUACCAGGGAGUGGAUCCGGCUGCCAGCGAGGAUUACAACGCGUUGCCGUGGAGGCUGGGCCUGUUGACCCAGACUUAG